UGGAGCCGAACCACGGAGCGAGGCUGGAGAGAGAUCGCGGCUGGCCAAGAGAGGAGGGGAGCGACGCUGCCUUUCGUCCUUGCGCUGGCGUUCCCGAGGGCAUCCGGCAAACGCCACUCCCACUCACCCCGGCCUCAGUGUGGUCACCAGCUGCGGCCCGGCCGGAUACCCGCCUGGGGAUUCCUUCCCUGCUUUCCAGGUGGGGAGACCGAGGGCUGGGCUGCACCCCAGUGUCACUGGGUGAAGUGGGCAAAGCCGGGACCUACUCUUGGUGGCAUCCCGACCGAGAACUGUGCAGAACCACGAGCAUCUCCUCGGUUGGAGACCAGCCCAGUUAGUAACCCGCUGUGUGGUCUCGAAGUCCCCACUCCUCUCCAGGGCUAGGAGAUGGGACAUUGCCACCAAUGUCUCAGAGAAGCUCUCACCAAGUGUGGGGAAUAGUCACCAAGUUUAAAAGAAGGUGUCGAACUGCAAAGUGCCUCGCACAUGCCAAGGGCCAUCUCCGUGUCGGCUCUGGUCCCGUCUGUCACUCCAGCCCCAAGGGCAGUCUCUGUGACAGCCAGCUGCACCCUGAAGUUGGGUCUCAGAACCUUCCAUGCCUAGAGGUUCCAAGCCUGCAGGCCCCGCAUCUCCCCAGGUGACCACGCCGGCCUCAGGUCAUGCUCGGACACAGUCGCAACGGGCAGGCCCACGUGCCCCGGCGGAAACGCCGCAACCGCUUCGUCAAGAAGAACGGCCAGUGCAAUGUCUACUUCGCCAACCUGAGCAACAAGUCCCAGCGUUACAUGGCGGACAUCUUCACCACCUGCGUGGACACGCGCUGGCGCUACAUGCUCAUGAUCUUCUCCGCGGCCUUCCUCGUCUCCUGGCUCUUCUUCGGCCUCCUCUUCUGGUGCAUUGCCUUCUUCCACGGUGACCUGGAGGCCAGCCCCUCGGUGCCUGCUGCAGGAGGCCCGGGGGGCAAUGGCGGGGCAGCCCCGACGGCCCCCAAACCCUGCAUCAUGCAUGUGAACGGCUUUUUGGGAGCCUUCCUGUUCUCGGUGGAGACGCAGACGACCAUCGGCUACGGGUUCCGGUGCGUGACGGAGGAGUGCCCGCUGGCCGUCAUCGCCGUGGUGGUCCAGUCCAUCGUGGGCUGUGUCAUCGACUCCUUCAUGAUCGGCACUAUCAUGGCCAAGAUGGCACGGCCCAAGAAGAGGGCACAGACGCUGCUGUUCAGCCACCACGCGGUCAUCUCGGUGCGGGACGGCAAGCUCUGCCUGAUGUGGCGCGUGGGCAACCUGCGCAAGAGCCACAUUGUGGAGGCCCACGUCCGCGCUCAGCUCAUCAAGCCCUACAUGACCCAAGAGGGUGAGUACCUGCCUCUGGACCAGCGGGACCUCAACGUGGGCUACGACAUAGGCCUGGACCGCAUCUUCUUGGUGUCGCCCAUCAUCAUCGUGCAUGAGAUUGAUGAGGACAGUCCGCUGUACGGCAUGGGCAAGGAGGAGUUGGAGUCGGAAGACUUCGAGAUUGUGGUCAUCCUGGAGGGCAUGGUGGAGGCCACGGCGAUGACCACGCAGGCCCGCAGCUCCUACCUGGCCAGUGAGAUCCUGUGGGGUCACCGGUUCGAGCCCGUGGUCUUUGAGGAGAAGAGUCACUACAAGGUGGACUACUCACGAUUCCACAAGACCUAUGAGGUGGCUGGUACGCCCUGCUGCUCGGCCCGUGAGCUGCAGGAGAGCAAGAUUACGGUGCUGCCUGCCCCGCCGCCCCCUCCCAGUGCCUUCUGCUACGAAAAUGAGCUGGCCCUCAUGAGCCAGGAGGAAGAGGAAAUGGAAGAGGAAGCCGCUGCAGCAGCAGCCGUGGCUGCAGGCCUGGGCCUGGAGGCGGGCUCCAAAGAGGAGGCAGGCAUCAUUCGGAUGCUUGAGUUUGGUAGCCAUCUGGAUCUGGAGCGCAUGCAAGCCACCCUCCCGCUGGACAAUAUUUCCUACCGCAGGGAGUCCGCCAUUUGACCUCCAGACCCUGCCCUCCUCUAUUCCUGCAAGAGCCUCUGCCAGGGGUGGGGUGCCAGGACCAGCCUCCUGCUCUCAGGACAGAGUCGAACCUGGCUCCGUGGAGCUGGAGGAAGGUGGGGGCUUCAGAGACUGGGCGAUCCCUUCCUGUUGACUGCAGAGCCCAGGACUGGGAAGGACCCAGGUACUCAGCCCUUGCUGGCCUGAGCCCUGCCCCCGGGCACCUCCCCACAGGUGGCUCUGGGUCCCCGGACCUUCCACCCUUUCCCCACUGACCCUUCAAGGAUGUGCUCCUUCUGCUCUCAGGACCUUGGGGAAGGCGGCUGGACUGCUGGGGGGGUGGGCAUCACGGGGGUUCUGGGUGGGCAGGGUGGGUCUGGGGAGGGGAAGGGGUGUGUUUCUUUUGCAUGACUGUGGUCUGUGCUCUUGACUCUCUUUUGUAAAUAUCUACCAAUGGAAGAGAUGGAGACACAAGUCCACCUCUGCCCAUUUCUACCUGGGGGACAGAGAAGUCACCGUUCCUCUCUGUGCACCCCUGCCCGGCCCAGCCCCAGCCCUACCCAGCUGGCUGGUCCCUUGAGACCCUUGAAGCCAGCUCUGUAUGGUGUUGGGUUUGGUUUCAGAGGGGACCCCAGAGGUGGGAUGAAUACCCUCUCUCCUUGCAGUCCCUCCAGUCCCCAGAUUAAUGAUGGCAUUUGUAACUAUUUUUAAUAAAGCAUAUGGUCCGCUA